AUGCGGCACCGCCACAGCCACAGCGACGGCGAGGGCGAGGGCACACGUGCGCAGGCGUGGUUCCGCGGUGGUCCCCGGCCUCCUCUCGCUUCCGGUGCCCACGGCGGCGCAAAAAAAGAGCGCGCGCGCGGGAGAGCUGGACGGACGCCCGAGAAAUCUGGGCCGCGCCCGGGUUCCGGGGCUGUGUUUCGUAAAGCGGGCCGGAACACGGCGGUGAAGCCGAGCGGCGCUGAGGCGAUAGUGGGCCAGCCAGCCGCGUCCCGUUGGGCGCCGCCUGGUUGGAGGUUGUCGGCCGCGGCGGCGGCGUCCGGGUCAGUUCCGUUACGGCCGCGCCGCGCACCGCGGUGCCAUACGUCGCUACCCAGCACACCACUCCACACUACAGAACAGGACUCGCCGUGCCGCCGCCGGUCACGGCCGGGGCCGCGGCCGGCCAUCCUCGGCUAUUCUGGGCGCUGCCUGCCCGCGACGCCCGCCGCCGCCGCCGCCGCCGCUGCCGGCGCCGCCCCAGUCAACAGCCUGCCAGGGAUUUGGAAACGACGCGCCGCGCGGCGCCGGGCCCAGGAUGGCGCCCGGGCAGCUCCACGCUGCGCUACCGCCUGUCGGCGCGGAAAGGCGGCAUAA